GCGGGCUUUUCAGUUGUGGUGACCGUCUCGGGUAAUGGGACUUUAUUGAAUCUGUUCUGUCACCACCAGUCAGCAAAAUACCCUUCUCCCAGAAAUUCGACCACCGCAUCUUUCUCCCGUCGACCAUCCGUCCCAUAGACGGCGGCGCAAUCAUGGCUGAAAAGGAAGCGACCAUCUAUCUCAUUGAUGUGUCACGGUCAAUGGGCAAGAAGCACUCCGGACGAGAUCAAAGUGACUUGGACUGGGCCCUUCAAUAUGUCUGGGACAAAAUCACCAAUGCCGUGCUCACCGGACGAAAAACACUCCAGAUAGGCGUGGUAGGACUUGGAACGGACGGCACCAAAAACGAAAUGGCGGCUCAGGAUGAUUCAUACAAACAUAUCAGUGUCCUGCAACCCAUAUCGCAGAUCCUCAUGCCCGAGCUGCAAGCUUUACCAAAACUCCUGAAACCCAGCAAGACCGACGACCGAGACGUCCUCUCCGGUAUAAUUAUUGCCGUCGACGUGAUGAUGAAGCACUGUAGACACUUGAAGUACAAGAAAAAGAUUGUGGUCAUCACCAACGCUACAGGUCACAUUGACGCCGACGACAUUGAGAGUACCGCAGAGCAAUUCAAGAACCACGACAUCGAACUGGUGCUUUUGGGUAUCGACUUUGAUGAUGCCGAAUACGGCACAAAAGAGGAGGACAAGUCGCCGCUCAAGGCCACGAACGAGCGGACGCUGAAGAAGCUGGUGGAUCUUUGCGAUGGCAUGUUUGGGACAAUGCAAGAGGCAGUCGACCAGUUGUCACGUCCGGAUAUCAAACCCGUGCGACCCACACCAACGUACAGAGGACAACUCAGGCUGGGUGAUCCCGAAAACUACGAUACAGCCUUGUCGAUUGACGUCGAGCGAUAUUUCAAGGUUCAGAUAAGGAGACCACCUACGGCAAGCUCGUUUGUCGUCAGAGAAAAUGCAGGGGAGGAUGCUCAAGGACUCCAGUCAGUACACAGUGUGUACAAAUACACAGCCAAACUUGAGAACGGCGAAUCAAAGGAGCUCGAUCGCGGUGAACUGGCUAAGGGAUACGAAUAUGGUCGCACAGCGGUGGCAAUCUCGGAAUCAGAGCAAAAUAUCACCAAACUCGAAACUCAAAUGGGUUAUGAUAUCUUAGGUUUUAUUCCGGUUGACCACGUGGAACGAUACAUGCUUCUCGACAACAGCAACCUGAUCGUCGCCCAAAAGGGCAAUGAUAAAGCUGCUCUUGCCCUCUCCUCGCUGGUGCAUGCCCUCUUCGAGUUGGGCUCGGUGGCGGUGGGUAGACUGGUGAAGAAAGACAUGCAGGAUCCAAUACUAACCAUUCUUUCGCCAUUUGUGGAAGCAGAUAUUGAAUGCUUGGUGGAGAACGUCCUGCCGUUCGCUGAAGAUAUGCGAUCAUAUCGCUUCCCUCCACUGGACAAAGUGCUUACUGUCUCCGGCAAGGAGCUAACCGAGCAUCGCAAUCUGCCAAGCCAAAAGCUAGUGAAGAGCAUGAGCGACUUUGUCGACAAUAUGAGCCUGAUGGAUGAUGAGGAGGAGAUUAUGGCAAUGGAAGACACCUUUUCCCCCGUGCUGCACAGAAUAGAAGGAGCAAUCAAAUACCGAGCCAUCCACGGCCCAGGCAACCUUCCAGACGAGCCCGAAGCGUUCAAAGCAUACCGUGAACAGCCAAAAGAGCUUCAGGAACGAAGUAAAGCCGCUCUUGCUAAGUUGAUUGAGGCUGCCGAGGUCAAAAAGGUCCCGCAGAGAGCCAAAGGUCGGAGACGAUACCGCGAAACGGAGAAGCCACUGUCCGGGCUUAACGUCGAUGAGCUGCUGGGCAAGGCGAAGAGAUAUCAUCUCUCACCAGAGAAUGCCAUCCCGGAAUUCAAGCAAAUGCUGAGUCGCGGAGACAAUUUGGACCGCAUAAAGGAUAUUGUGCAAGAAAUGGCCACCAUCUUGGAGGGGUGGAUCCGCACCAGUUAUGGCGACAACUACGGAAAAGUGCUGGAAGGGCUCGGCACUCUCCGCGAAGAAAUGCUUGGUUUCGAGGAGCCAGGAUUGUACAACGACGUGAUCCGAGAUCUGAAGGAGAAGAUUCUUGCAGAACAGUUGGGCGGAAACCGAGGUAUGCUGUGGUACCAGAUCCGGAAGAACAAGCUCGGUUUGAUCAGCAGCGAGGCCUCUGAAUUGUCGGAUGUCACGCCAGAAGAAGCGGAUGCCUUUGUCGAUCCAAAAUCGGAAAAAUAAUAUGUUGGUGAUGCUGAUACUGCAGAACAUUGUGAUACAGUCGUCGCAAGGCGCUAUGAUACCCAAGUGAUGUUACAAAUGAGAUACCCAAAUUCACGUCUAGGAUA